CUGGAAGGUGUAAACUGGCUCGUGCAAUGCUAUGAAGUCCAGCAUGGCUGUAUCCUGGGUGAUGAGAUGGGCCUUGGGAAGACUUGUCAGACCAUUUCUCUACUUCUUUAUUUGACAAAAAAGUUAUCCAACAAAGAGAGAUUUCUGAUACUUUGUCCUCUGUCAGUUCUGAGCAACUGGAAGGAAGAGCUGGAGAGAUUUGCUCCAGGUCUUUCUUUCAUAACAUAUGUAGGCAGCAAGGAAGAGCGACCCAAACUGCAGGAGAAUCUGAAAGGAGACUCACACUUCCAUGCACUCCUGACAACAUAUGAGAUUUGCCUGAAAGAUGCAGCAUUUCUAAAGUCCUUUAACUGGGCUGCCUUGGUUGUAGAUGAAGCUCACAGACUGAAAAAUCAAAAUUCUCUGCUUUACAAGACACUUUCCGAGUUCUCAGUAGGCUUCAGCCUGCUACUCACAGGCACUCCAAUCCAGAACAGCCUCCAGGAACUGUACUCCUUACUCAGCCUUAUUGAACCUGACAUCUUUCCCCAGGAAAAAGUGAAGGAGUUUGUUGAGUAUUACCAAGUUAUUGAAAAGGAGAAUGAGCCAGCCAAAGAAUUGCACAGUCUUCUGCAGCCAUUUCUACUUCGGAGAGUCAAAUCUGAGGUGGCUGCAGAGCUGCCAAAGAAGGUGGAAGUGGUUCUGUACCAUGGAAUGUCAGCUCUGCAGAAGAAGUACUACAAGGCCAUUUUGACAAAAGAUCUAGAUGCAUUUGAAAAUGAAACGGGAAGGAAGGUUACACUCCAGAAUGUCUUAGUUCAGCUUCGGAAGUGUGUUGCCCACCCAUACCUCUUCAAUGGUGUUGAGCCAGAACCCUUUGAGAUUGGAGACCAUAUUGUUGAAGCCAGUGGCAAGAUGUGUUUGUUGGAUAAACUCCUUUCAUUCUUGUAUGCUGGAGGCCACCGUGUGUUGCUCUUUUCUCAGAUGACUCAACUCCUUGAUAUCCUGCAGGACUACAUGGACUAUAGAGGCUACAGCUACGAGCGGCUGGAUGGCUCUGUUAGGGGUGAGGAGAGACACCUUGCCAUCAAGAACUUUGGUCAACAGCCCAUCUUUAUCUUCCUGCUGAGCACCAGAGCAGGUGGAGUUGGCAUGAAUCUAACAGCAGCAGAUACAGUUAUUUUUACUGAUAGUGAUUUUAACCCACAAAAUGACUUACAAGCAAUAGCAAGAGCUCACCGGAUUGGGCAGCACAAGCCUGUAAAAAUUAUCCGUUUGAUUGGGCGAGAUACAGUUGAAGAAAUCAUCUACCGAAGAGCUGCCUCGAAGCUCCGGCUGACCAAUGCCAUUGUUGAAGGGGGGCAGUUUGCUCUGGGAGCACCCAAGCCUCAAGGAACAGCAGAGUUACAGCUGAGUGAAAUCUUGAAAUUUGGCCUGGAUAAAUUGCUCUCCUCUGAGGGAAGUACUGUACAGGAUGUGGAACUGGAAAACAUCCUUGGAGAGACAAAAGGAGGGCACUGGAUAAUGGACACUGUGCUGCCACAAAAGGAAGAGAAUGAAGAGGAAAAUACAGAGAAUCACAUGUACGUGUAUGAAGGCAAAGAUUAUUCAAAAGAGCCCAGCAAAGAAGACAAAAAAGCAUUUGAUCAGCUUUUGGAUCUUCAGAAAGCACUGAUUGAAGAGACCAGUAAGGAAGGGAGAGCUCUCCGGAACAAAGCAAACGCCCUUCUCACAGGCCUUCGGGAACAGUCGGCCAGGAGGAAGCACUUGCUGAGUGAAGAGGAGCUGGAGGCUCGGAGGAAGAAGCGCCAAGAAGCAGCAGCAAAGAGAGCAAGGCUCAUGGAGGAAAAGAAGGCAGCAAAAGCAAAGGCAGAGCACAAGAAAAAGAUGGCCUGGUGGGAGGCCAAUCAUUACACAUCUACCUGCCUUCCUUCAGAGGAAAGUGGCUCCGAGGAGGAGUUUGUGGAGGAUGAGUUGGGGCAGAAUGUGGAUUUAGAUUACCAAGAUGGAGACCAGAACUAUAUUAAAUACGUCAUGGGAGAUGUAACCCACCCCCAAGCAGGAGAGGAAGAUGCCAUCAUUGUCCAUUGCCUAGAUGACUCCGGCCGCUGGGGAAGGGGUGGUUUAUUCACUGCUCUAGAGGCUCGUUCUGAUCAGCCAAGGAAAAUAUAUGAGAUGGCGGGAAAGAUGAAAGACCUGGAGUUAGGAGGAACCCUGCUAUUUCCUAUUGAUGAUAAAAAAUCCAGGAAAAAAGGACAAGAUUUGCUGGCCUUGAUUGUAGCUCAGCACCGAGAUCGGUCCAACAACUUGUCUGGCAUUAAGCUGUCAGCUUUGGAAAAGGGCCUGAAGAAGAUUUUUUUAGCAGCCAAAAAAAGGAAUGCAACAGUUCAUCUUCCACGGAUCGGGUAUGCAACAAAAAGCUUCAACUGGUACGGCACCGAGCGGCUCAUCCGAAAGCACCUGGCAGCUCGGGGUGUGCCCACUCUUAUAUACUACUUCUCUAGGAAUAAAGGUUCUUCCUCUGCUUCACAGCCAUAUUCAUCUUCAACAACAGUCUCAAAGCCAUGAAGAUGGAGUAAUUUCACCAAGAACAUGGACAAAAAGUGACCAUCACUCAGGCAGUCCAUGUGCAUUCAUGUCAGAAACAUGGGUUGCACAGCCAUUAUUCACAUCUGUACCUCUCUGCUGUGACUGGCCCCAACAUUUGCAUGUUGUCAGUGGCUCUGGAGUGGAAUGAGACUCUCUCUGGCUUCAGAGUCCAAAGAGGAAGGAUCUUGGCUCAAUCCCAGACCUCUUUCAGAGAUGGAAAAUUAAACUUUUAACUGAU